AUGUGGCAUCAAAUGAAAGGAUUAGUCGGAUGCAUGAUUGGAAUAGCAAAAUAUUUGCUCUACACGCAAACCCUCGCCGUAAGCAGUCGGACCUCCCUUGACAUCGAGAUUGUCGACAUUUCCACCUCAUUCAUCGACGGCCCUGAGUGCACCGAACGUAAAACAUUCCCCGUGGAAGAAAUUCACCGUGCUGAUGGAUUCGUCAUCGUGUAUUCCAUUCUGGACCGGAUUCCACGACAUGGCCCCCCAUUCCAACCCGUCGUCGUGUUCUCCUUCCCCCCAACAACAGCAGAAACAGACCCCCUCGUCCCCGUCCUCCUGAUAGGGAACAAGUCUGAUUUGGGACAUUUGCGCAGGGUGGACAACUUGGAAGGGGUCGCCGCAUCGGAACAGUAUGGCUGUCAGUUUUACGAACUAUCCGUGGCUGAAAAUUCACCCGAAGUUUAUCAAAGUUUCCAGGCUUUGAUAACCGGUCUUAUCGCGACAAAUCUGCCCCCACCGAGGAGGAAGUUUUCAGUCAGUAAGAUGUUGACAAGUCUUCGACUCGGGAGGAGUAACUCGCCGUCAAAAUCGACACUCCCUGUGCCCACGUCACCGGCGUCAAUUUCGGACACAAAUGUCGUCACGAGUGAUUACACGACGCCAUCCCCCAAUUCGCCACGGACAAGCAGAGAGGGCAGUCCGGGAGUUUUGAAGGGGCAGCAAGCAUCCGAGGCGUCGUCUGUUACCUCCACCAGCAUUUUUCAUAAGUUGACAGAUUUCCAUUCCAUAAAAAAGAGGCAAAAUUCUCCGCCGAUCUGUUCUCUUUAAAUUUGAAUAGUAUGUAAAUAUGCUGAAUUUUUAUGAUCUCAGUGGUAUGACACUUUUAAUUUCCACUUUUGCAAUGCAUAAUUUUAAGUGAUUAUCUAUGUUAGAGAAGGAUUUCUCGAUUUUUGUUGUAUUUAUUUAUUUAUGUACCUAAAGCAUAGAGAAGCAUACAAGUACUUGAAUGUAUUUAUGGUAUAUGUAAGAGGGAGUGAUAUUUAUGGUAUGAAACUGGUAAGACAAAUGCUAAAUUAAAGAAUGAGAGGUACCUGAUUUGCAAAAUAUAACUGUAUAUAUAAAUUUAUGGAUAGGAUUGUUGCGGAUUAUUUGGUGCUUGCAAAGCUAAACUGUCAACUUAACCAUAAAUUCAAGCAUAAACUCUCCAUCAUUGUGUAAUUAAUUGUUAUUGAAUUCAUAUGUAUAAACUUUAGGUAUAAAGAAUAAGAGUGAUGCAUGCAAUUUAAUGUUACCAUUACAUUAUAAACUUACUCCUUGUAGUAGUAAUAAAGCUGUAUUCUAGAGCAAGUGCAAAACUUAAAA